CUCUCCGCGCCUGCGUCCUCCGUGGGCUUGAAAAGGCCGGACUGCAAGUCCCGGCGAGCGUUGCGGCGGGCGGCCAUGCGGCGCGGGGGCUGGCGGGAGCACGUGCGGGCGGAGCUGCGGGCGCGGGAGGGGCGCUGGCGCGGGUUGCGGCGGCUGCUGGAGCGACACGAGCAGCUCCAGGAGCGGCUGGAGGCGCAACUGCCGGUUGGAGGCGCCUCGGGGCCCCCCGCGGAUCCGGCCGCCCUCCCGGUGCAGCUGCGGCGCGAGGAAGGCGAGUCACAUCAGCAGGUCGCCCUCCAGGCGGAGCUUCUGCGGAGCGCCGAGGCCGCGAGCCGCGAGCAGCGCGCCAGGUUGGGCUGCCUGGGCCGGGAUUUGGCGGCGCUCACCCGACGGCACCAGGAGGCCGAGUGCCGCGCCUGGAGCUUCGCCCGGGAGAACGAAGAGCUGCGCACGGAGCUGGGCCAGGCCCGGGCCCUUCUGCAGGAGGCCCAGGCGGGAAGGCUGGCCCUGCAGGCCCGCUGGCUGAGAGAGAAGGCGCUGGAGGCCACGCGGGUCAACCGGGCCAUCGAGCAGGAGGAGAAGUACCGGAGGAAGGUGACCCGUCUGCAGGAGAAGCUGGGCCAGGCGAGAGGCCAGGCUGGGCUGCUUGGUGUGGAUUCAGAUGAAAGGGGGGGCGGCAGCCUCAGCGCCUCCUCCGAGGAAGCAAAGGCCGUGGUGGCUGGAACAGGAAGGGACCCUUCGUUGGAACCCAACCCCAAUCCGGAUCACCUUCCCUGGGAAAGCAGGGCUUCAUCUUGAAGGGCAGCUAUUGGGAGCCACCUGAGUGACGGAAGAGGCAGCAGCACCUGGAAACAGCUGCCGCCUGCAGCCUGAACCCAACAGUCACUCCUGCGGAUUUGGGCUCUGCUGGUUUGGGAUCCAAGUGCUGGGAGGUGUUGAAGACCCCGCCUGGUGAGGGCGCCCCCCUGCCCCCCACAGCGGCUUCUGCAGCCAAGAUGGGAUUUUUCUCCCUGAUCUGCCUUUUGAAGGCUGCUGCCCAAAUGCCAGCCUCCUGCAGAAACAGGUGGAAUUGAGCCAACCGCAGGGAUGUUGCUGAGCAGAAACGCCUUCCUGCGCUGCCCCUCCCUGCCUCCCCUCUCCCUUUUUAUGCCUGGGAAAUGAAUAAAAAGCUGUUUCAGUUCA